UGAAUUCGAAGAAGCCAUCUUCGAAGAAUUCAUAAUUUAUCAGAAGACUGAAAAUGAAUUAUUUUAUAUUGAUUUUGGUUGCAGCUCUGUUAAUAUUGGAUGUAAAUUGUAAGAAAGACGGAUAUCCAGUUGAAGCAAGUGGUUGCAAAUAUACUUGUUGGAAAAACGAAUACUGCGACAAAGUCUGCAAAGACCUGAAAGGUGAAGGUGGAUAUUGUUAUAUAAAUCUGUCGUGUUGGUGUACAGGACUUCCUGAUAAAGUACCUAUAAAAACAAACCAAAAAUGUAAUGGUAAAAGGAAGUAAGCAAAAUCAACUUUUCAAUGAAUACAGUAUAACGAUCUGCUUUUACUAAUAUGAAAAAAUAAA